AUGGCCAGACAGCGCGGGUCUCGCGGUGGCGCCUCCUCGUCCACUGCAUCCAAUGGACGCACAGGCGGUCGUCGUGGAGGUGGCAACGACUCUUCAGCGCCCUUCUCAUCGGCAGCUUACUCUUCUGGCGGUAAAUCUCGACGCACUCCUCGUUCCUCUGGCUCCUCCAACAAUGCCGCUCCUACAGGCCUGCACGACGUAUAUGAUUUCGCACAGGCUUCCACCUCGGCUACUUCCAAACCGGGCAGAGGCACACGCCGUGCUCUAGCCGGUAUGCAAGCCGAUGAUUACGCCGACCUUCCUUCCAAAGCCAAGGGCAAGCAACGACGUCGUCGCGCCGACGAGGACGGCGAUGACGACGAUGAGGACGAGGACAGCGACGACAGCAACGCCGCUCCUAUCGGCCCAAAGGUGUUUGACUCGGAGGACGAGCUGAAUGCAAGCAUUGAGGGAAGCGAUGAGGAGCUUGAUUCCGACGAAGCCUUCGGCGACAGCGACGAGGAAAAGUUUCAAGGUUGGACGUUUGGCAAAGGUGCCAAGAGCAGCAAGCGCAAGGCUGCCGAUUCUGACGUCGACGAUUCUGACGAGGACGAUGCAGAUGACGGCCAGGACGAUGGAAUGAUGGAUCUAUCUCGCAUGCUCGAUGCUGCCUCGGAGUCUUCCGACGACGACAACGACAACGACGAGGAGGAUCAAGACGACAAAGAAUCGGACGAUGACAACGAUCAGAGCAGCAGCAAGCUUGCCAAGCACAUCGAGUCUUUUGCUGCGGCUGGAUCCAAGCGUAACGCAUCCACUUCUGACUCGGAAGCGGGCUCCGACGCCGAGCCUUCUUCCAAACGUUCGCGUCGAGUGCUGUCCGAACGCACAGAAGCCAUCCCCGAAACAGAAUUCGCCGCUGCUCACUCUGGCUCCACCCUGCGGCUUGAAGAUUUCAUGAACCCGCUCUCGUCCAACAUUGAUUUCGCUGACGUGCGCAAGAACACCAAGCUUCUCGCCAACUCCAAGUCGUCUGCCUCCCACGACAACGUCCCCGCCGCAUCCAAAAAGGGCGGGGGAGCACUCUCUGCCCCCCUCCCCUCGGUAGUGCAGGACAGACUCGACAGGCAAGGCGCCUACUCGAUCACGCGUGACGAGGUCCAAGGUUGGCAGCCCACCAUCAACCGCCUGCGCGACGCCGAGCACCUGUCGUUCCCGCUGCAGAAGCCUGCUGUCACCAAAGCCUCCACUUCCGGGCUCGUUGCAACCUUCACGCCGGACAACGACAUGGAGGCGUCCAUCGCCGCCAUGCUCGCCCAAGGCGGGCUUACGGAGAAACAGCUUGCGCAGCAAGAGGAUCUGGCCAUGAACAAGCUCGACCCGGAGGAGGCGCGUGCGAGGCGCGACGAGCUGCGACGUAUGCGCAUGCUCAUGUUCCGUGCCGAGCAGAAGGCGAAGCGCGUGAGCAAGAUCAAGAGCAAGGCGUACCGCAAGAUCCACCGUAAAGAGAAGGAGCGGCUGAAGGAGCAGAUGAAGGAGCUGGGGUCGGACAUGGAGGACAUGGAUUCCGAGGGGGAGAUGGAGGAGCGGCUCAAGGCUGAACGUGACCGUGCGCGCGAACGUGCGACGUUGAAGCACAAAAACACCUCCAAGUGGGCCAAGAACAUUCUUCACGCCAGACAUGGCGAGCACAACCAAGAGGCGCGCAACGAGCUCGAUGCGCAGCUCCGCCGCGGCGCCGAGCUGCGUAGCAAGAUCCAGGGUCGUGAACUGGGCGAUGAUUCCGAUUCGGACGACUACUCGGAUGCAUCUGCCGCCGCUGAGGGCGAAGACCAUCCCGAACGAGUAGCAGGGGACGCCUUCGACGAGCUCUCUGCGCUCGAAGCCAAAGAAGAUGCGAAACGCAGGAAGGACGAGCAAGAGUUUGAGCGCGUCGGCGGCAAGAAGGGCGUGUACAACAUGAAGUUCAUGAAGGAUGCUAGGGAAAGGCAAUAUGCUAAGAUCCAGGGAGAGGUGGAUGACUUUGUGACCGAGAUGCAGGGGUUGGGUGCCGAGGCUGAUGGUGGAGACAGUGAUGACGAGGAUGUGGGCGAGGCGGUGAUCGCGCGCAAGGGUAGCCAGGCCGAGAACGGCGGUAGCUCGGUCUACGUGCAAGGCAACAAAGGUCGUGCCAUGUAUGGCACUACGGCUGCGACGAGCUCGGCCCCAGUUGCGGUGCAGAACAAGAAAGCUGCUUCCGCGCAGGGCGAGGAUACGUCCAAGCCAUCCAAACCCUCUUCCGGCCCCGUCAACGGUGCUUCCAGUGGAGGGCUCGAGGUCGGAGGAGACGCCACAAUCACCAAAUCCACCCCUCGCUCCAAAUCUCAAUCCAACCCCACCAAGCCAACGCUCCCCCGUUCGCACGGUGCCGACGCUGGUUCCGAAAACGAUGACGACGAUGACGCUGCCAACCCCUGGCUCACGAUCGACUCGACUGGCCAAGCCAGCAAGCUCUCGCGCAAGAAAAACGACUCCUCGCUCUCGGCCAACUCGACCUCUGCCGUCGCCGCAAGCAAGUCAGCCCUGCGCGCGUCCAAGUCUGCGUCCAAAUCCGCCUCUGCCGUCACAGCGCGUCGGAACGACGAGGCGAUUUCGAUCGACCUGUCCUCGCGACUGCGCAACCGCUCUGACGGCGAGGAGGGGAGUGACGAUGAAGAGGAGGAGGAGCAGCCGAUGAGCGUUGUGCCCGCGGUAUCGAAGAAGAAGCGCGCUGCCGCGGCUGCCGGGGUAGCGGGAGGGAGGGUGACGGCGCUGCAGCAGCGCGAGCUCGUCGCCGACGCGUUUGCCGCCGACGACGUUGUUUCCGAGUUUGUCGCCGAAAAGCAGGCCACGGUCGACGCCGAUGCGUCCAAGACGGUCGACACGCGCCUGCCCGGGUGGGGCAGCUGGGGCGGCCGCGGCAUCCGCACGCGCCCCGCCACGCACCCGCACCACCUGCGCACCAUCGCCGGAAUCGACGCCGCGCGGCGCAAAGACGCACACAUGGCCCACGUCAUCAUCUCGGAACGCCGCGACAAGAAGCAGGACAAGUACCGCGCUCGCGAUCUCCCCUACCCGUACACCAGCGUCGCCCAGUACGAGGCUGCGCUUAAACAGCCCCUCGGCAAGGAGUGGAACACGCGCAUCGAGACCCAGCGCCUCAACUUGCCAAGGGUGUCCAAGAAGCCCGGCAAGCUCAUCGCCCCCGUGCAAAGGAAGUUCUAG